AUGGCUCUACGUAAUUUUAUGUCACGUCGUGGUACUCCGGCAGUUUUCUAUAGUGACAGGGGGACCAACUUUAUUGGCGCAGACCGUGAGUUGAAAGUAGCUCUGCGUGAUGUCAACCAAAAUGCGAUGAUAAAAGAGAUGGUAUCGUCAAGUACAUCCUGGCGCUUUAACCCUCCAGCAUCUCCCCAUAUGGGGGGGAGCUGGGAACGGCUAAUUCAAAGCGUGAAGCGGAACCUGUCAGAGCUGAAUCUAUCUCGGCGACCGUCGGAUGAGGAGCUAAGAAACGCGUUAAUAGAGAUCGAAGGAGUUAUCAAUGCGCGGCCAUUAACUCACGUACAAGUAUUGGCCAAUCGAUUCUGGCGCAGAUGGCUCCAGGAGUAUCUACCAGAGAUCACCGAUCGUUCCAAAUUGCAUCAAAGGGUGAAUCCGAUAAGAGAAGGCGACAUUGUGCUGAUUGUGGAUCCAGAUCUUCCGAGAAACUGCUGGCCAAAGGGACGCGUGAUUGGGACAGUAAACAGCGGUGGCCAGGUACGCAGAGUAACGAUCCAGACAAACACAGAAUUUUCCUACGAUCCCCAAAACGGAGUGGUUUUCGAUAAAUGGUACGCGCGGCAUGAGGAAGUUUUCACCAAGGGAGGAGAAAAACUGAAUGAUGCUGAAAAAGUGAGACUGUUACUGCAAAAGAUGAGUUCCGUAAACCACGAUAGAUACGUAAAUCUCAUUUUGCCAAAAACGUCGCGAGAAGUUCCUUUUGCAGAAACAGUUGCCACACUGAAGGAAAUGUUCGGGCAUCAAACAUCGGUUUUUUUUCGACGCUAUCAGUGUUUGCAGACAGCCAAACGAGUUGCAGAAGAUUUUGUCUCGUAUGCAAGUUCCGUCAAUCGAGCUUGUGAAGAUUUUAAUAUCCGGGAAAUCACAGCGGACCAGUUUAAAUGUCUUGUGUUUGUGGCUGGACUUCAUUCUGAAAAGCAUAAGGACAUCCGGACACUAUUGCUUGCGAAAAUGGAAAACGAAUCGGAGACGGAUCCAAUGACACUCAAAAAGCUGUUACUGGAAUGCCAACACUUAGAUAAUCUCAAACACGACACAGCUGUUAUUGAGAAUCCAAUGGUGAACGUGAAUGCAGUUUUCCGAGGUGAACAAUCCAAUUACACAAGAAAAUCGGGAAAAAUAGAUACACCAAAAGUAGCCCCACGACGUCCAUGCUGGCAGUGUGGUCAAAUGCAUUUUGUUGCUGAUUGUACGUUUUCAAAACACAUCUGUCGAAGCUGCGGUAAAGUGGGCCAUAAAGAAGGAUACUGUGGAUGCUGUUCGAAACCAGCGGUUUCUGGAUCAAACAAAACGGAUCCAUCAGCCUCAGAAAAAAGGAAGCCCUGGAAGAAAAAGCAAUCCGGUAAAACUGGGAAUGCGAACGGUGUGUAUGCUGUACAUGAUACAAAUCCCAGUGGUAGGCGCAAAUUCGUGGAAGUUUUAAUCAACAAUAAAUUGAUUGAACUCCAGCUCGAUUGUGGAUCGGAUUAUACGAUUAUUUCGUCGAAUUCAUUACGCCAAUUUGGCGAUCUGAAGACAAAUCCUACGAGUUUACGGGUGGUAACUGCUGCAGGCAAACCGCUUCCACUCGAUUUAGAGUUUCGAUGUGCAAUAACAUUCCGAAGCAUCACGAAGCAGUCGGUGUGUUAUGUGACAUCAGUUGAUGGAUUUAAUGUUCUCCGAAGUGAUCUCAUGGAAGCAUUCGGGUUGUACGACAUUCCGAUCAACUCUUUUUGCAAGCAUCUAAAAGCAGAUAUGGAUCCGGAAGAGUACAAGCAAGUAUUGAAGGCGGAAUUUCCAGCUGUUUUUCAAGAUGGACUUGGACUUUGUACGAAAGCAAAGAUCCAACUGUUCCUGACAGCAGGAGCAAAACCAGUUUUCAAGCCAAAACGACCGGUACCGUUUCAUUCACAGCGGCUCGUCGAAAAAGAACUUAUCCGGUUGCAGAACAUGGGAGUACUUGAACGAGUAGAUUUUUCAGCCUGGGCCGCACCUAUUGUUGCAGUUCGAAAGGCUCAACGAGACGCCGAUGGAGAUCCAAUUGUUCGUAUUUGUGCUGAUUUUUCAACGGGACUGAAUGCAGUAUUAGAAGCGAAUAAGUAUCCACUUCCCACUCCUGAUGACAUCUUCGCAAAUUUGUCAGGUAGUCAGUACUUUAGUGUUAUCGAUUUGUCGGAUGCCUAUUUGCAGAUGGAAGUGAAGGAGGAUUCACAAAAAUUAUUGACAGUAAAUACUCACAAAGGAUUAUUCAAGUACAAGCGUCUUCCGCCAGGGGUCAAAGCAGCACCUGGGGCAUUCCAAAAAGUCGUCGACAACAUGCUUGGUGAUCUGGAGGGAGCUGAAGCGUUUCUUGACGACGUACUCGUUUUUGGUCAAACGCAAGCGGAGCAUGAUAGCAACCUUAAACGAACACUGCAGCGAAUUCUGGAAUAUGGUUUUCGGCUCAAGAUCGAGAAGUGCAGUUUCAAAAUGACGCAGGUGAAGUAUCUGGGAGUUAUCGUUGAUCGCAACGGUAUUCAUGCAGAUCCGGAGAAGGUUAAAGCUAUCGCACAAAUGUCUCCACCGAGAGAUGUUUCACAGUUACGUUCAUUCUUGGGUGCAGUGAAUUAUUAUGCGAAAUUCUUAAAAGAAAUGCACCAGCUUCGUAGACCUCUUGAUCAGCUGUUAAAGAAGGAUAUGAAGUGGAAUUGGAGUGAAGAAUGUCAAAAUUCUUUCGAUCGGUUCAAGGAAUUGUUGAAUUCAGAUUUGAUGUUAACACACUAUAAUCCAUCGCUCGAGAUAGUCGUGGCCGCUGAUGCCUCCAGCACUGGCAUUGGGGCCAACAUCAGGCAUAGAUUUCCGGACGGCUCUGAGAAGGUGGUACAGCACGCUUCAAGAUCGUUGACACCGACAGAACGAGGUUAUGGACAAAUCGAUAAAGAAGCAUUGGCACUUGUUUACGCCAUUACAAAGUUUCAUCGUAUGCUUUUGGGACAACGUUUUGUUCUGGAGACUGAUCACAAACCUCUUCUACGUAUUUUCGGAUCGCACAAAGGAAUACCGGUUCACACAUCAAAUCGAUUGCAGCGACUGGGUCUAACGUUACUAUGCUACGAUUUCAGUGUAGAAUAUGUACCUACUAUGAAAUUCGGGUAUGUAGAUGUACUUUCCGGGCUUAUAAGUUCAGCAGUAAAUACGAAAGAAGAAUAUAUCAUCGCUAGUGUUCGUCUGGAGGAAGACAUGGCGACAGUCCUGGAGGAUUCAAUAGCUUCUACUCCAGUGACGGCUGUAAUGAUCGCCACAGCCACACUACGGGAUAAAGUGCUAAAACAAGUGAAGAAGUUUUUGGAAACCGAAUGGCCGGAAUCGUUAGGGGUAAUCAGUGAUCCUGAUGUAAAGACAUUCUUCAAUCGCAAAGACGGGCUGGGACUAGCUCAAGGCUGUAUUCUGUUCGGAGAGCGAGUAGUAGUUCCAAAGAUCUACCAAAAACGAAUCUUGCAGCGGUUACAUUACGGGCAUCCCGGCAUAGUCAGAAUGAAGAGCCUCGCUCGGAGUUUUGUCUAUUGGCCUUGUAUCGACCGGCACAUCGAAGAAGCAGUAAAGCAAUGCACGGACUGUGCCGCUGCAGCAAAAUCACCACCACAUGUUGCACCUGUGGCAUGGCCUGUUCCACCGGGACCUUGGCAACGCGUUCACAUCGAUUAUGCGGGGCCAAUUGAUGGUUUAUAUUUCUUUGUCAUAGUUGAUGCAUUUUCUCGAUGGCCGGAGAUAUAUUCAUCGUCUACGAUGACGGUGAAGGUAACGAUCCAAAAUCUACGAAACUCUUUUUCACGGCUUGGAUUUCCGAUGGUAAUAGUGUCGGACGAUGCAGCUCAAUUUGUCUGUGAUGAGUUUGAAUCAUUUUGCAAAAACAAUGGUAUCAAACAUAUGUUGACUGCUCCUUACCAUCCGCAAUCUAAUGGACAGGCGGAACGUUUUGUAGAAUCAAUGAAAAGAGCUAUGAAGAAAAUAAACAAGGGAGAACCCCUCCAAGAAACACUCGAGGUUUUUCUAGCAACUUAUCGUGCAACGCCAAGUGAAACCACUGGACAAAAAUCUCCAAGUGAACUCAGAUAUUAG